GACGCGGCGGCGCGCGGCGGCUCGAGCUCGCGACGCGCGGGCGCGCCAAGGAUGGGCAACCUUCCCAAGGGCUAGUCACCCCACGCAGCAUGGGUGGGUGACCUUCCCGAGGGCGCCCCUGCGCCCUCGCCUCCGCGGUCCAUCCAUGGUCACACAUGGAAGCCGACAAGAAUCAUUGGUUGGUUCUCCGAGGACGCGUGCCGUGUCGGACCUGUUCGACGUGCUCGACACCGACCACGGGGGGGUCUUAUCUGCUCAGGAGCUGCUCGAUCUCACCUACAUCCGCGGUCUUGACAUCACCAAUUGGGUGGAGGAGUGGAACGGCAUCGUUUGCGACAUAGGCACCGACCACGCGAAUGGCAAGGAAGGUCUCGGAUUCGAGAAAUUCAAGCAGCUGGUGGCAGCUGGCAAGUACAGAAUGGAGACAGAGGAGAUAGUGGAUAAGCUUGAGAUGCUGCGGUGGGGGCACCAGGCAAUUGUCCAAGAGAACUGGCUGAAGGCCACAAGGGCCGCCGCAGCUGAACUAGGAACCGCGUGCAUUCCAUAGGCUGACGCCGCCCCGCAAGCCCCAAGAAAAUACACUGGACGGCCCCUCAAUACGCGGCGUGGUGGCCGGAAUCGCAUUGCGAUGCUCGCAGACGCGCAGUGCCCGCACUGUGGUGUUCGGUAACGGACUGUGGUAUUCGCAAGAGCGCCGUGGUGUUCGCAAGCGCAUCCAAUACAACGAC